UAUAGUUAAGCAGCACGUACUUGUCUUAAAUUUGACAGGAAGUUUUGAAAAAUUAAAGUGGAGAUUUGCAAGAUUGCAUCCGUAUAUUCCCCUUCAAACUGAACAUCGCUGGCUUGCAUAUUGCUUCGUGUGAAAUAGUCCUCAGCAUUGAACACAAUGAGUCUUGAAGAACAGUGUGAUCUCAAAAGCGAACCCAAAAGAAAGAGAUCCGAGUCGCCUGUGUCCAUGAAACAUGAACACUUCAGUGAUGAAUCAAAUGGUGAAGAAUACAAAAAUAAAAGAGUGAAGUCAGAGAGAGAAGCUUCUCCUACACCCAGCCAUAUGUCUUGGUCAGUGGAUCCACAAACCAACCUCAAAGGCAGAGAAAGUUUUCCUUCCUGUUCAAGUGUGAAGUCAGAGAGAGCAGCUUCUCCUACAUACAGCUACAUGUCUGCAAAGACAGAUUGGUCAAUGGAUCCACCAACCAACUUCAAAGGCGUACAAGCUUUUCCUUUGGAUACAAGUCAUCAGUCAGCAUGGUCAGACUGGACAAUUGAACCACAAAAAAAAUUCAAAGGUGAAGAAACUAUCCCUUUGGAUUCAAGUUUUGUUACAUCUAGACUGCUGAAAGAGCAUCACUUGAGGUGUCCAGUCUGCAAAUCAAUUUUGAAGGAUCCAGUCUCCAUCCCAUGCGGACACAGUUACUGCAGAUAUUGUAUUAAUACAUUCUGGGACAAUUGUGUAGAAGACUAUGUCUGUCCACAAUGCGGUAAAGGGACCAAAACACGUCCGGUGCUUAACACAAACGCAGCUCUUGCUGAAGUGGUUAAAAAUCUGCAACAGGCAGGCUUCAGUCCAGCCCUUCCACCAUUCUCGUAUGCUGGACCUGAAGAUGCGGCCUGUGAUUUAUGCUCUGAGCAGAAAUUGAAAGCAGUGAAGUCUUGUUCUACCUGUGGUGUCUUCCUCUGUGAGACUCAUGUCAGUCACCAUUACAUAAUACCAGCACUACAGAAACACACACUAUGUGAGGUAAUCGGAGGCAUGGAGAACAGACUCACUCCGCAGCACUGGACAACUGACAACAUCUUCAGCAACAGUAUCUGUGGACAGCAGGAUCAUACCGAUCAUGAGAUUAAAACUCAAGAUAUUAUAAAGGAGGAGACGGACAGUUGCUUCUCAGAGUCUCUGUUGAACAUCUCCAUGCCAGAGACAAAAUCUCCAAAAGAAGCUGCAGAAAUCACAAGUUCCGAGACAGAUGCCAAUAUAGAUAUUAUUGAUGUUCGAAGUAUUGCGCUGAUGUGCUCCACACUACAGCAAGAGGUUUCAGGGCUUAAAAAAAGCCUCUCAGAGUUAAAGGAGAAGAAUACUAAUAAAAAUAAGCAUUAUGAUGAGUAUAAAGAGGAUUUUUAUGAAGAAGAGGAUGAUGAGGACUGUAGUAAGAAAGAUUCUGAUGAAGAGAAUGAUGAUGAGGAGGGGUACAAAGAUAGUUAUGAUGAGGAAGAGGGGUAUGAAGAUGUUUAUGAUUAUGAGAAGGAUUAUGAGGAGGAGGAGGAAGUUGGCUCUGAUGAGGAGGAGGACGAAGAUGAGAAGGAAGAUAGUUAUGAUGAUGAGGAUGAAAACUUUGAUGGUUAUGAUUUGGAGGACAUUGAAGAUGACAAAAGUUACAAAGACUAUGAUGAAGACAAUUCUGAGGAUGAGGAUGACUAUGGAAUCUGAGAUGAAAAAAGCCAGUUGUUUUGAUAUGCAAUAUUAUCAGAUUAUGCAUUCUUACGUAUCACAACAUUUUGUCAAUAUAAUGAGCUUUCCACCAUUGCAUCAUAUAACUCGCAUCGUAAUUGCCUUUCUGCUUUAUUAAAAAUUAAGCAGAUGACAACAACAGGAUGACAUAUGAUUUUUAAAAACACUGUUACAGUACUGUUCAGUGAAAAUGUGGGCAGUGAUUUUCUAGAGGUGACUAUGAUUGUUUUGUCAUAAUAAAUUGCAAAGGGUAAGAAAAUCAAUUACAGUGCAAUGAUAAUCUCAAACAGACACUUUCCAAAGAGACUGUAUGUUCAAGUGGAGAAAAACUCAUCAUGACAUUGUAUGUGUCCAUUUUAGUGUACAGCAGAAUCUUAUCCUAUUUGUAGUUUAUGAAACAUACUUUAAUGCUUAUAGUUUGAGACCUAGUGAGAUUAAACUUGCCUGUUGGUAGAAUCCUGGGGCGGAGCUAUGGGAUGGCUGAAACCUGACCACCCCACUCACAGCCGCACCUGUACUGUAUCUACUGUACUGUAUAUUACUUGUUACGGUUGAUGUUCAAACCUUGUUUGCUCAUGUAACUGUCAGCUGUAAUAAAUAAUAUUCCAAUUGAAAUACGAUACGUAAUAAAAGUAGAUUUAAUGAAUGGUAUGUAAAUCAGGGACUAAAAUGGUUCAAGGAACGAAAACCGAAAAUGAACGAAAUUUUUAGCAGAACGUAACUGAGCUGUUGGAUUUGUCUGAGAAGCAGAUCCAUAAUUACAAUUAUACUUAACUGUUAAUUAACUAUACUCUUGUUAUGGUUUCUAUGCUGAUAAAUCCACCACACAGGAAAAAAUGUAAUUGCUUAUUUUCGCUUAUUUUGGUGAGGCAAGUGCUUGUUUCUCUUGACAGAUCUGGCAACCACCCACCUCUUAGCGCAGAGUACUGUCAUUUUAAAAAGAAUGUUACUGUUUCUGCUCAGCACAAACCGAAUUAAAAAACAUUUUGUUUUAGGGGGCCUCUAGUGGCUAUAGGUGCACUUCAGCACAUAGCAUACACAACACAUUACAGUUUAAAACGUUUUGCAUGGCCUUGCCGGUCCUGAUUUCCUUCUCUCACCCUCUGUGCAAAACAAGCUGAAUUCCAUUAUAUUAGCUAUGCAGUUGAAAGUGUUUAGGAAAUGUUCUCAAUUGCUAUAGCUCAUUCUGCUUACUCUGUAAUGUUAUGUUGCUAGGUUUACAAACAGCGCAUUAAUAUCGAAUGGUGAUUAAAACUGACCGGAACUACCUGUGCAUUCAGCGGUGUGAACUGCAUGCAUUCCAGCCAAUUUUUUUACAUAAUGUUCUCUCUCAUAAAUGCAAAUGAGUGUAAAUGUCAACAUCAUCAUAUAUGUCGAAAGGAUUGAAGCCUGUCUCGCAAAACAUGAGUUUUAUUGAUUUAUUCCAUCCGUUACUCCUGGUCAGAUGUUUCCGUAAUUAUUUAGUUUAUACAUAGGGUUACGUUCUACUUAAGGAAUAAUUGACAUUAUUGAAAAAUA